AUUUGAAACUCCCCAAAUAUCAACCGUUAAUGGCGUCCUCUGUACACAAAACCCCUCGCCGGAACUCUUUCUCUCUCCUCUUUCCGACGAACAAUCCGACGAACUCACUUUCUCAGAAUCGAUAAUCUGAAAUCAGAAUGAAAGGUGCGACGAUGCAUGUGAAAUCCGAUUCCGAAGUUACCAGCAUCGAUGCAUCAUCACCGCCUCGAUCUCCACGGCGACAACUCUACUACGUUCAAAGUCCAUCGCAACACGAUGUAGAGAAAAUGUCGUACGGAUCGAGUCCAUUUGCAUCUCCAGUUCAUCAUCACUAUCAUUGUUCACCUAUUCAUCAUUCUCGUGAAUCAUCAACAACUCGUUUCUCCGCUUCACUUAAAAACACCACCACUCGUUAUCAUCCCGGCGGUUGGAAGCGUCUUCAACGCCGCGGAAAUUUAGGUCAGCCAGGUGUUAACGAUGAUGAAGGCGAUGAAGAUGACGAUGAUGAUGAUGAUUCAGGGAAUAAUACAAUACGAUUUUACUUGAUCGUAUUUGUUUUAUCGUUUCUGUUGCUUUUCAGUAUCUUCUCUUUGAUUUUGUUUGGAGCUAGUCUUUCAUAUAAGCCUAAAAUCAUCGUUAAGGGGAUGGUAUUCUGGAAUUUCUUUGUUCAGGCAGGGAUGGAUCCAUCGGGAGUACCGACGGAUAUGUUAACGACGAAUUCGACUGUGAGGAUCUUUUUUCGGAAUCCAUCGACGUUUUUCGGAGUGCAUGUUAGUUCUACUCCAAUGGAACUUCAUUAUUUUCAGCUCAAGGUUGCAACAGGCUAUGUGAAGAAAUUCUACCAAACGAGACAGAGCGAGCAUGUAAUGGUUACAAUAAUAAGUGGGAAUCAAGUACCUUUAUACGGUGGAAUACCACUUCUAAACGGGGCUAAAGAUCACCUUGAUAGCAUUUCAGUGCCACUAAACCUUACAUUCAAAUUGAGAUCAAGAGCAUACAUCCUUGGAAGGUUAGUGAAAACCAAGUUCUAUAGGAACGUAUUGUGUCAAGUCACUUUGAAAGGUAACAAAGUAGGUAAGCAUCAAAACUUAACCAAAUCUUGUAUUUAUCAUGAAUGAUCAAAUAUGGUCUUAAACUUUAUGAAUCUAUAUUGGUAUUUUAGGUGUUGUUUAUUAAUUAAUUAAUGGUAGAUUGUUGAUGAACACAAAGGGAUUCAAUAGAAUAUGUAUUUUGUCCUAUUUGGAAACAACAUUUUUAU